UUUUGGGGGCCCGAUUAUUCAUUUUUAGAAUUCAUGCAUAAAUGUUUCUAAAAAAAGAAUCAAAAUCAAAAUCCUCCAUUAAAAUUGUGAAAAUAUUAUUGCUGAAAAUCUGAGUAUAACUUCGGCUAUUAUCCAUGACAAAACUUUCGCUUUGUAUAUAAAUUGACAGAUUCAUACGCUUCUCACAUUGAAUUCCAUUUCCAUAGGCUCCGUUUUUUCUCCAGCUUGAACAGGCAAGAAGUUAGAGCGAGGGGUAACCUAUAAAUCCACUAAUUACGAGUGCAAAAAAGAAAAGAGAUCCUUAAAGAAAAUGACAGCUAAGGAUAUAAAUGUGCCUAAUAUUGGUCCAUCUUCUGUGUCCACUAUGAUGAUCAAUGCAUCUUAUGCGCCGCCUUAUGAUCCUACUGCUGUUUUUCCCACUUCAUCAGCUUUUACUUAUCCAACUACAAGCCAUAGACCUGAUGAGGGGAUAAACAAAGAGAAGGAAAGUGGUGAAUCAAAUUCUGGAUAUAUAUUUAUGUGCAAUGCAAAAACAAAGCCUGAAUGUUAUAGAUACCGGGUUUUUGCACUACCAAUGGGGAAAUUGGAAGUUGUAAAAAACAUCAAACCAGGAACAAAGCUCUUCUUAUUUGACUUUGAUUUGAAGCUUCUUUACGGUAUAUACAAUGCAACUUCAAAUGGAGAAAAAGAUUUGGAACCAACUGCAUUUGAUGGGAAAUUCCCUGCUCAGGUGAGAUUUAAUAUUUUAAAGGAUUGUUUGCCUCUUCCUCUGAGUGCUUUCAAACCUGCCAUCAAAGACAACUUUCUAAGUGGUUUUAAGUUUAGGCAGGAGCUGAGUAGCAAACAGGUUGAAACUUUAAUUUCGCUGUUCCGUCCAAUUACUGUGCCACCACCUAUUUCUGCUGCCCCUCCUUUCUCAAAUGUGGGACCCUCACACUCAUUUCCAGCUCCAAUUAUGGAACAAGGGUUUCAGCCGUCAAAAAGGCUGCCUCCUCCUGAAGAGUCAUAUAUAUCUGGGUUGCACUAUGGUCAUGCCUUGCCAGUCCAUGAUCGCAGCAAACAGGUAGUACCAUCUCCGCAUUUCAAUCAUAAUGAACUGGGAACACAUGUGGCAUGGGUACAAUCUCCUGUACAGCCUUAUCAAGUUGUUCAGCGGCCUGCUUUUCCUCAUCAUCAUCCAGCAGAACCACAUCAGCCAUACUUGCCUGAAAAACCUUUCAUUUCUCCUCAAAAUGCAUAUAGAAGGUAUGCGGGUGUGCCAGAUAUGGUCCCUGGAGAUCAAGUUGUUGGAUAUGGAAGUCAGUAUCAAAUGUCACAGUUGCCAAGGGGGAGUGAAAUUGUUCCGCACUCUGAUUACUAUAGGCUCCACCCGUCACGUACAGCAGCACCUGGUUUAUCACAAGUAAAUGCUUUGACGCCAUCCCAUGCAUUACCACCACCUGCCCAAUCACAAGAGAAUUUGGCAUCAUCUUAUCAACCGAAUUAUGCUGUUUCAGUCUUGAACUUGCUUGAGGCUCAUUUGCCAGUCAAUUCUUCAAACAGUCUCGCUGGAGCAACCAGAACUUACCCUUAAGUGGGACUUGGAAUGUUCCAUGGGCCCAUGAGAUUAGAACCUGUAGCGUUGAAAAGCAUUUUGGGCUCUUCUCACAUAUUGCAGGCUCUUUCCUUCUUUCAAACUGUAAGGGUUUGAAAACUGCCCCCGUGGGUAGCUUUUUUUUUUUUUAGGUUGCUGAAGUAGGUGUCUAGACUUCUUUGAGUAUCUGACUAAUCUCCUGGAUGUGUAAUACUAGGUAUCCUACAAGGCAAGUAAUUCUAGGGAGGAAUUUCUUGGGGGCAGUCCAAAGAUGAUGAGUAUUGAGUUUUGAACCCAUGAUCUCAUGAGGUUUUGGAAACUACUAAACUAACCCCUUGGCUUUGCUAAUUGGUUUCUCUAAGAUAAAAAUUGAGGUAUAUGUUGGAUCA